AUGACAAAAUUCAACUUUUUCAAGAGUGCUCCUGAGGGCAACACUAGCAACAGCACCGUUGCCUCGCAGGACAAGGAAAAGGGCAUCGCCGCUGCUGCUGCCCACCACAAACGCCCUGCCUCGUCCAGACGUUCAUCUUACGAGUCGGCCGUCCAGGGCAACGGCGUCGUCCUCGCCAAGAACGAGCGCUACUCGCAUGACCACGGCCGCCCUGCCUCUGUCAAUGCCACUUUUGAGGAUGGUGUUGUUAUGGAGUCUGGAUUUCGCGGCUACCUUGUCGUCUUUGGUGGUUUCUUGACCAUCUUGGCUGCCAUCGGAUAUGUCUCCAUCUACGGUAUCUUCCAGGCCCAGUACAGCGAGAGCUACGGAGCUCGCGGUGCGACCCAGUCCGCCAUCUCCUUUGUUGGUUCCCUUGCCGUCGGUUUCCAGUUCGGUUUCACUAUCAUUGCCGGCCCCGUCAUGAACAGGUUCGGCCACAAGGUCGUCCUCUGGUCCGGAUGCAUUAUUGGUUCCCUCGGUCUCUUGCUCGCUUCCUGGUGCAAUGAGCUCUGGCAGUUGUACCUGACCCAGGGUGUCAUGUUUGGUAUCGGUGCCUCCCUCCUCAACUUGGCCGCCACCGCUAUCCCUCCUCUCUGGUACGAUAAGCACCGUGGUCUUGCCAUGGGUAUCUGCUUCGCUGGUGCUGGUAUUGGUGGUCUUGGCCUCGGCUUCAUCAUCCCUGCCUUGAUCAACGCAGUCGGCAUCUACUGGACCCUCCGCAUCUACGCCAUCUUCCACUUUGUCUGCACCGCCUUUGCUGCCUUGGUUAUGCGUGCUCCCCGUCAGCUCUCUGGCCCUCCCAUUGCUCAACGCAAGGAUACCAUCAACUUGACCAUCCUCCGCGAUCCCGGUUUCAUGCUCUGGUUUGUCGCCGCCGCCCUCUUUGGUUUCGCCUACGUCGUCCCCUUCACCUACAUCCCCUCAUUCGCCAAGGAUGUUGUCGGAUUGGACCCCAACGUCAAGGGUGGUCAGCUGUUGUCGAUCAUGUCUGGCGCCAACGCUGUCGGUCGUGUUAUCAUCGGUAUCGCUGGUGAUCGUCUGGGAGCCAUCCGCGUUGCCGCCUGCGCCUUUACUCUCGCUGGUCUUUCGUGCUUCAUCUGGAUGUUUGCCGAGACUGAGGGUGCAUUGAUUGGCUUCUCGAUCAUGUACGGCUUCUUCUCUGGCUCGUUCUUCACCCUCGUUGCCUCGAUCACCGCUAACAUUGUCGGUCUCGCUAACUUGGGCUCGGGCCUGACUGUGAUCUUCUUGACCAACACCCCCGGCAACUUGUUUACGUUGCCCAUUGCUGGCCAGAUCUUUGAGAAGGCUCAGGACUACAAGUCGAUGAUUGGUUACAACGCGGCGAUGUACCUUGUUGCGGGAGCGAUCUUGUUCUUCUUGAUGAUCUACAACCGCUGGACCAAGCGUGUCGACGUUGUCUAA